AUGGCUCCCAAAGCUCCACCAGACGCGUCUCUAAUGUUCCUCUGGACAUGUCUCCAGAAUUCCGACUUCACUACUGUCAACUAUGCCGCCGUGGGAGCAGCCACGAACACCAACGUCCCAGCCGUGCGAAUGAGAUUCACCCGUUUGAAGAAGUGGAUCGAGAACGGGCAGAACAGCGAGGGCAACGCAGAGGAUGGAGAGAGCGAGCCCGCCACUCCGAAGGAGAACGAGCCUGCUACCCCAAAGAAGAAAAAGGAGCCUGCUGCGAAGAAGCAGAAGGCGGCUGCUCCGAAGCGCGCCACGAAGCGUAAGAAGGUCUCAGAGCCUGAAGACGAUGAUGAGGACGUUGAUGAAGAGGUUGAAAACGCCGAGGCUGUCGUCAAGCCCGAAGACGCUGAUGAGAAGAAAACUGCCAUCAAAGGUUGA